AUGGAGCCAAGCAGCAUGGACUUCGAGCAUCGUAUCAAAGCCUAUCGCUUCGUUGCCUAUACGACUGUCGCCUUUUCUGUGGUCGCCGUGCUUUCAGUAUGCAUCACUCUACCAAUUCUUCACAACUACGUCCAUCAUGUGAAGAGGAUCAUGCAUAACGAACUCAACUCCUGCACGGUAUCCUCCAAAGACAUUUGGAGUGAAGUGAAGUACCUCAAAGACAUGCAAGCAGGAAACAGAACCGCUCGUCAGGUUCUGUAUGGUGAAGCCGGCGUUGUGCAGGUACAACCUAGUGCUAAAACCCACGAAGGAUACGUAGACGGUGGCAGUCAUGGCAGUCAAGGUAGUCACUGUGAUUCAUGCUGUGUUCCAGGAGCCGCAGGACCUGCUGGAACUCCUGGUCAGCCUGGUCGUCCAGGAAAACCUGGAGCACCUGGACUCCCAGGAAACCCAGGACGACCGCCAGUUCAGCCUUGCAAUCCGGUUACUCCUCCUCCAUGCAAACCUUGUCCCCAAGGACCUCCCGGACCUCCCGGACCAAAAGGACCUCCUGGGGACGCUGGACGGGACGGACAACCUGGUGCUCCCGGCAAUGACGCUCAGCCUGGUCCUUCUGGGCCAAAGGGAUCACUUGGACCCAGUGGUAACCCUGGUUCUCCUGGUGCGCCAGGACAGGCCGGCUCUCCCGCUGUUUCUACGCCUCUCGUUCCUGGAGAGCCUGGGCCAGCAGGAAGCCCAGGACCUCAGGGACCACCAGGACCGAGUGGACAUUUUUCAGGCCAACCAGGACCCAAGGGAGACAGAGGACCAGAUGGACAGCCUGGAGCUAACGGAAACCCUGGUACUCCCGGAGAGGCUGGACCAAAAGGAGUUGCUGGAGAACCCGGAAUCUGUCCCAAAUACUGUGCACUCGACGGCGGAAUUUUCUUUGAAGAUGGAACUCGGCGGUGA